AUGUUUCUUGUCUCAUUUACGGAUGCUUACGGAUGUUUCUUGUCUCAUUUACGGAUGCUUACGGAUGUUGGUGGUAUCUAUACGGUAUUACGCAGUAAAGCACCAAUAAGUACGGAAGAAUAUGGUGAUCAGUACUGUAUGUUAGGUCCAUUACGUAAUGGAAAAUGGCAAUUAGAAGUAGAACAAAUUGCACCUGAAAGUCGUCAUAUUGCAACGGCUAUUCACAAAUUGAAAGAAGGUGGUUUCAAGGCAGUUUAUGGACGAUGGCUAAUUGAUGGUUAUCCAAAAGUAGUGUUAUUUGAUUUGGGUUCUGGAUCAAUGAAAAUGAACGAUUGGAAGCAUGAACUUUAUGAAAGGUUAAACUUCAUUGAUAAUGAACAAGAUGCCAUUUUUAUUUUUCUUCAUUGA